AUGACGACGAAAGCUAACAUGGCGAGUUUUUGUGCACGUGGCUUGUUUACUUUGAACAUGAUCUCUGGCUCACUUUACUUCGGAGGCGAAAAUGCGGUGGCUAUAGUGCAGUUGCUGAAGGGCGACAAUGUUACUUCACGACCGUUUCCCGUGAGGGUGGUGUUCCCAUCAGCGGCUGAGCAAUCGCCGGUUUAUGAGUUGCUUGUCUGCAUUUUGCUUCUGCAUGGAAUUUCGACCACAGUUGCCGUUAAUGUUAUGUCCGGUUUGCUCCUUACUCUGGUAUUUCAUGCAUGUGGACAAAUCGAAAUCGUAUGUCAACAAUUGAAAAAUAUGUCUGAGAAAAUGAUGAAUUAUGGAUCUCCACGUUUUUCAGCAGGAAUGCUGGUCAACAGGCACAAUAAUGUCAUCACAUUUGCUGAGAAUGUUGACAAGCUUUUCUCCUUCAUAGCUCUAAUGCAAGUUUUUGGUAAUACUUUAGUAAUCUGCUUCCUAGGACUCUUCCUUAUGAUAUCUCAUAAUGAAGCUGGUGUUGGUCUGUUCAAAGCCUUACUUGGUUACGCCGGCAUAACGGCGGAAAUAUUUACAUUUUGUUUUGUUGGAGAAUAUCUAGGUAUUAAGAGCAGGUCACUCGGCGAUGCAGGAUACGAAGGUUUAUGGUACAAUAUGGCGCCCAGUCACAGUAAAGACAUAUUAUUCAUAAUUAUGAGGUCUCAGAAGCAAUUGACCAUUACGGCUGGAGGAAUGACGGAUUUAUCGUUAGAACUCUUCACCGGCAUCAUGAAAGCGUCCGCGUCAUAUAUGUCCGUUUUGAAUGCGAUGUAUUGACGUCGUUUGAAACUAUAGCAUGGCAACAUUAGUGAUAAAUAGCGUAAUUAGUAUAGACUGACAAUUAGAAGCUGUGAUCAAUGAAACUAGUUAAUAAUUGAAACCAAUUCAAAGUGUCAGGUAUUAGAUGGUUACAGAAUCUCUAUUAGU